AUGAAAGCGUUUGCAGACUCAGAUGAGUCUUCCCGCCACGAUUCACCGCCAUCAUCAAUGGUCCUUGAAGAUUCGCCGUACGAGCCGAGUGAUGAAGAAGCUAGAUUAUACUACUAUGGCUUGCCUUCCGGCCCCCGCUUGGUGGCUCGAUCUAGUGGACUGCAGUGGCGUCACAAAGAGCAUGGGGAAACUCACCCUCGGGUCAAAUUUCUCAAACACGUCGGCAAGCAUUCCAUCAUCGACAAGUGGAAUCCACAGCUUCAGAAACAAAUUAUCGAUGUUCUAUCGCCUGCCGACUGGACUUCUAUCGAUAUUUUGCGAAUUGGCUACCGGGGACCGGACAAUGAUGGCGUGUGCCCUGUGGUACUCUGGAUUGGCGUUACCGGCGGAAGCCUAACUUGGCGUGAUGGAUUGACCAUUGUGAAUGCCUGCAUCGCCAUUCUGAAAAGUCACGAACUCCCCGAUAUUGAAUGUGAGAUCAGGGAAUCACAAGUCUGGGAACUGGUACAGACAACACCACCAGUCCUAUAUCUACCGCCGGUGUCUGAUACCAAUGCGACGGCUGAAUACCAACUUCCACUAACUGCCUCUCCUGGCCAAGCAAUUGGUCCUGAGGGGUCCAACGUUGAAGGCACUCUCGGCCUAUACCUCAAACCCGGCGAUUCUAAUCCACAAAUUCAGAGCAUAUGGACCGUUACUUGCAGACACGUCGUCCAUCCUUACGAUAACAAGAAGGAUGCAUAUCGGUUUAAGCCUGCUACCGGCCAGCCGCGCACGUAUAUGCUAUUACCCGGAAAUAUCACUAUUGACAAAAUGGAGAAAGAUGCCAAGAUCCAGCUGGAUGCGCAAGCUGAUCGGCUGCAAUAUGCUGAGGAGAGGUUGAAGCAAUGUGAGCCCGAAGAAGAGCAGGGGUGGGAAAACGAAGUGCAUGAAGCGUCUAUUGUGGAUAAAGACACUCGGGAAUUUUUGGAAAAUAUACUACCUAAAUGGCAAAGCAAGGCUAAUCGCAGAUUAGGCCAUGUGGUAUUUGGCCCUCCAGUGGAGACUGCUGAUCCUAUUGACACAGCGGAUGCGUUUGGACCCCGUCGCGACUGGGCACUGAUAGAGCUUGAUCAAGCAAAGUUUUCAGAACCCAUAACGAACGCCGUUGAUAUUUUGAUCGGGCUUGGGAUGAGCCGUCAAAACCUGGUAACAGUGCUUCAUCCUGACCCAGCGAGUCCACACAAGUUCAGGAUGCCACUCAACGGAAAACUGCGUCUUCAGCACACAGUACCGAUCAGUGAGCUGAAGAACCCGAAAAUGCUUGACAAGAACGGAGACCAGUGCCUAAUAGUAGGCAAGAGAGGCAGAAGCACUGGCGUAACAUGGGGAUGCUGCAAUGAGGUGAAAUCGAUUGUACAUGCCAGUGGCGAAACAACGAUGGAAUGGUGUGUAGUUGGUGGCGUCGACAGGCGAGCUUUCGCACCUUUCUCAAAUAAAGGAGACUCGGGAUCAGCCAUUUUCGAUGUCAAUGGCAGAGUUGCUGGAAUAUUGACUAGCGGCGUGGGUUUGACAGCGACAUCAGACGUUACGUAUAUGACACCGAUGGCAUGGCUACAGCAGGAUAUGAAGAAGUGCGGUUAUACUGUUGAAAUUACAUAG